GAUUGUGUCGGGGCAAUCGAUUGUACCCAUGUCCGUGUAAGAGUUCCAUCAGCUGAUGCUCCUAGAUACCGAGGUAGGAAAGAAUUCCCAACACAAAAUGUGUUGGCUGCGUGCUCUUUUGACUUGCAAUUUACUUACGUUUUGGCCGGGUGGGAAGGAACUGCAUCAGAUUCAAGGAUUUUAAGAGAUGCAUUAAGCCGAACAAGCUGUUUGAAAAUACCAGAAGGUAAAUAUUACCUUCUUGAUGCUGGGUUUAUGCUAAGAAAAGGACUCAUUACACCAUUUAGAUCAACACGUUAUCACUUGAAGGAAUGGUCCUCAAGAAAUCCACCUCGAACAGCUCAAGAACUAUUCAACCAUCGACAUGCAUCCUUGCGUAAUGCCAUUGAGAGAUGCUUUUCUAUUUGGAAGAAGAGAUUUCCUAUUAUUGCGACUGGAAGAGAAGCACACUAUGGCGUGAAGACACAAAAUAGGAUUAUCAUAGCAUCAUGCAUUUUGCACAACUAUCUCAUGGUAUCGGAUCCUGAUGAAGAGUUAAUGGCUGAAGUUGAUGCAGACAUGGCCAAUCAAAAUGAAGCUCAAAUUUCUAGUAAUGUGGAACACAACGAGAUUGAAGAACAUACUCAUUUAGGAGAGAACUUGAGAAAUGCUAUAGCUAAUUCUAUGUGUGCAGAUUACAUGUCGUGAUGUUUAUUUUUUGAUUAGGAGUGAACUUGAGAAUUGUUCUAUGGUUGUUUCAAACUUGAAAGAUAUUUUGGCUUUUUGAUUGUGUUGAUUGAUAGUUAAA